UCUCCUCAGUGGAGACGAAUCCUUCGCUCUAUUCAUCAACCAAUUUGUAAUACCAAACAAAAUGGUGCGAUUGAGCUGCUUACUGGCAUGCUGCGCGCUGGCUGCGCUGCUCCUCGCCGUACCAGCCUCCGCUUACCCCAGGUAUCCGAACAACUACUUCCGCGACGAGAUCCAAUAUGAACCUGAGGAAAUCAUGGACAUGCUGAACCGUCUCGGAAACCUGCUGCAGAUCGAACGCAAAAUGGAGAACUUUAAAGAUGACAUUACUAGUGAGAAGCGAGCGCUCGACCUGGGUCUCAGCCGCGGCUACUCCGGAGCUCUUCAAGCCAAACACCUGAUGGGACUGGCGGCUGCCAACUACGCUGGCGGACCCGGAAGAAGGAGGCGAGAUGCCCAUUAAACCUGUACAAACAAACGCCCCCAGUAAUUUAGACGAAAUAAAUAUUGUUUUAUUGCGACUGUUUUUAGAAACGAUUUUUUAUGCGAAUAAUUUCUUUUCAAAUCUUAUCUAAAAUUAUCAUCGUAAGUACUUGGCCAGGAUUUAAAAAACACCAUUAAAUGGGAUAAAAGGACAUUGAACAAAUCUGUAUGGAACUUGAUCCCAAAUAUCGACCACUAACGAGACCUAUUAUUAUACUACGGAAAAUAUUUUCCCAUGUAAAGAUUAAAAAACGUAAUUUUUCUUUUAGCCAUAACUUUUUACUGACAGCAUAUUUUUGACUGCGGUUUGGUAUUUAUUACUCUUUAGUGGUCUAUUUCGGUAUAUAAGUCUCGUUGGUGGUGGACAUUUGGACCACUUUUGAUCAAUAUCCUUUGUAUUAGGUAACUCAGUAUAUCCACCGCGUUACUUAUAAAACAAAAUUUUCGCACGGGUUCUACUUCUUGUUUUAUUCUUUAGGGAACGUGGUUGAUCACUCUUUCUUUUUCUUUCCACUCGGCUUUAAUACAAAUAUAUUUUAUUUCACACUCAUGCAGAAAAUACUAGGAUAAUAA